AUGGGUAACCUGGAAGGAGGGACACCAUUAAUGUUGGCCGCUGUGGGAGGACACCUGGAGGUAGUGACCUACCUGGUCAGUCACGGCAGUCUGUUAGAGGCCAGAGACACCUUGGAUGGAAGGACACCAUUAAUAUGGGCGGCCUGGGGAGGACACCUGGAGGUGGUGAGUUACCUGGUCAGUCACGGCAGUCAGUUAGAGGCCACAUCCACCAGGGAUGGAUGGACACCAUUAAUGUUGGCCGCUAUGGGAGGACACCUGGAGGUAGUGACGUACCUGGUCAGUCACGGCAGUCAGUUAGAGGCUUCAGACGUGGAUGGAGAAACAGCUUUACAUUGUGCUGCUGGGAAUGGACAUAUUGAUGUUACAAAAUUGUUAUUAGAUCAAGGAUGCAGUCCUUGGGUGAAAACAGAAAAGGGUAAGACUCCUUAUGAUAUGGUAACAAUGGAAAGCUAUGAUUCUGAUGAGAAAAAAAGGAAGAAGAAAGAAGUGAUGGACUUCCUAAAGACUGCCAUGUCAAAGACAUCCCCAGAAUUGACUCCUGACAACCAAUCGCAGGAACCUGCAGCACCAGUAGUUGGAGAUCCCAUCGGAAAAGGGCAACAGUCUGCCAUGUUAAAUCGUUUAUUAGGCAAGGGCAGCUAUGAAUCAUUUGAUAUGAGAUGCAUGGUAACCGGCCAGUUUUCCGUUGGGAAGUCUACUCUUGUGAAGCUGUUAGCUGGUGAUAUUGUACUAGAUGGUCGACAGCCGACUGACGGCAUUUCUCUCGUAGAAGGUCGCUGUGGCCUCGACAUUGAGACGAAAGAGUGGAUUCUAAUUGAUCCAGACUCUUAUAACGCCCUGGAUGUUGUGUACAACAAAGUGUUAAUGACCUCUCUCAAAGAAGAGGAGAGUGAACCCACUGAAAAGUUUAAUCAGGCUUCAGAUGCAAGUCCAACUGGUUAUGCCAAAGCCACACUGUCCUCUAUGCCCUCAGAAAAGUCGACAGCAGCACAAUCUCUACCACCUGCGAAAUCCUCCAAUGUGCCUCUCACGGUAAAACAGAUGGGAAAGAAAAUGAGAACAAGAAUGACUAAAGAGGAAAUAAAAAAGAAAAUGGAAAAAGUCCUCAAAAGUGGGAAGUAUAAGAUGAAAGUUGGGCGUCUUAUCUUCUGGGAUUUCGGUGGACAAUAUGUUUAUCUAACAACACACCAGACCUUCAUGACGUUCCGGGCAUUGUUUCUUGUAGUAUUUGAUGGGAGCAAAGAUUUGCAUGAACAGGUCCCUGAUGUGAUGUGUUUUCCAGGGCAGCACAUGACGCCAACGCCAGCAGUAUUCUUGCAAUAUUGGGUCAAUUCCAUACUGACCUAUUGUAAGGUUGUAUAUGCAGGCAUUCCAAAGAUCUUGUUUGUUGCCACUCACAAAGAUAAAGUAUUACCGGAGAAUGUUGAAACAAGACGUGAAGAGCUUUAUAGUGGAAUUGAGGAGUUGUUUAAAGACCACGAGGGACAACAUCAUCUGGUCCUUAGACCUCUAAUAUUUGUCAAUGCAAAAAAUCAAGAUGACCCAGAAAUAGAAGUUCUGAAGAAAAAAAUUACAGAACUUACAUUCAACCACCCAUGUUGGGGUGAAAGAAUGCCCAAUGCUUGUGUUCCACUAGAGCUCGAGAUCGCCGAAUUAGUGGCAGAGGGAAAACAAAUUAUGUCAUUGGCUGAAGUUAAAGAAUUAAAUGCCAUCAGCGAGGUGUCUGUCCUGUCUGCUGGACAGCUGACUGAUUUCCUACAUUUUCAGCAUUCUGUAGGGAAGAUUGUUUAUUUUGAUACUCCACAACUGAGAGAUAAUGUUAUCAUCAGUCCCCUUCUUAUGGUGGAAGUUAUGAGAUCUUUCAUUACAGAUGUUGAAUUCUGGCCAAAAGAAGGUAAAACAAGAAAAACCUUCAAAAAGAUGUCAAAAAAUGGAAUGAUACAAAAAGAAGACCUCUACCAGAUUUGGGAACAAAAAGAAUUUUGUCAGAUUUUACCAUUUAAAGAGUUUGUAUUUGAUAUGCUGAUACAUCUUGAUAUCGUAUCUGAACAGCGUAGAUAUGAUACAAAAACAGGAAGUCGGCUACCAGUAGAACACUUCUUUGUACCAUGUAUGCUUACCCAAAGAAAUGAUACAGAUUUCUUGACAAAAGAAUGUACACCAGAGAGGACACUUAGUUUGGCCUUUGUUUUCAAAGGAACCAUCAUACCUCCAGCCUUACCAAACCGUCUUAUAUGCGCAUGUCUCAGUAUGUGGACAUUAAAACAAUACCGUGGAAGGAAACUUAUGUUUUCUGGGUUUGUUGGGUUAUCAUUUGAUAAAGAGCAUGAUAUCGUUAUCUGUGUAGAAGGUAACUCGAUCUUACUGUACCUAGUCCACAAGCGCUCCAAGGGGCUGAUAAUACCUGAUAUAGCCAGCAGUGUCCGGGAUUGUUUGUUUGUUACUUUAGAGAGAAUCUCCGAAUUUUAUCAGUCCUCCAUCCAUUGUAAAGCCAGCAGCAAGUCACCCUUCCACACCGAGUAUUCCUGCUCGAAACUAAACUGUUUCACAUCAGAACACAAGAUGGUUUCAGAAGCUGCAGAAUGUUUUUGUGAACACGGUGAAAACAUUAAAACUAACUGGAGUAUUUGGAACAAGCAAAGGGAACAAAAGCAGUGUGAUGCUAAUUGUCCAGGUUUGAGUGAAGAUGCAUUAUCUCAGAUUCCAAGUGACAAAGAAUUGUUCCGGCUGUCUGUUUAUUGUGAGACACGCAUGCUACACGAUUUGGCUCUCCAUCUUGAAAUGGAAGAAAUGGUAUGGAAUGACAUGGAAGACAAUUACCAAGGAAACAUACAGAUUGUCAAAUUUAUGACACUUAUGCAUUUAAAAGAGAAUAAUGAAAUCAGUUUUGGAGACUUAGACAAUGGAUUGAGGGAAAUGGAAAUAACAACACAUAAACUAUGUGUGGUAAGGCGGAUAAAACAAGUUAAAUCUAGUAUUCCUGACGAUAUUCUGGACUGUAUUCCAUCAGAUGAAAUUUUAGAUAGAUUAGCACCGCUGAUUGGCAAGAUGUUCUAUCAACUAGGAAUAGAACUUGGACUGUCUGUAGAAGAUAUAGAGAGCAUUAAAGAGAAAUAUGAUCGUGAUUUGACAGCACAGAAUAAGGAAGUGUUGUUUACAUGGAGGAAAGACAGAACCGUGAAACCUACAAUACGUGUUCUUGAGCAAGCUUUUGUUAAUAUUGGUAAAGGAGCAAGGUGUUUAAAGGAGGUUGUAAAGGAUGUUGAUCCCAAUACACUUACAGCAGUAGAAAUGGUUACAGAUAUAAUCAGGGAAAACAAAAACAGAAUCAUACAAGAUAUACAAAUCUGCCAAAUUUUAGACCAUAUGAUGACACAUUUGGUGAUCUCAGCAGACGACAGACUUGAUAUUGAACAUCAUCCUCGACAUGAUGACCAGAACAAAGCAUUGCUGGAUAUUGUGAUUAAAAGGAGAGAACCUGCUUACAGUGUGUUUGUUGAUGGAUUACGUAAUUAUGGAUACGAAGAUAUCGCUGAUAAUUUGCAAUGUGCUACACAUGAUAUCAGUCCAACAUUAGUGUCUGCUGAAAAUGAAGGUUUAUCAGUUUGGAAUGUUCCAUUGUAUAAAGUUCGUCUACAAAAAAAUUACCUCAAGGUUAUCUCUGAUAUUCAACAUGAGAGCAUAGUAGAUCAUCUUAUAUCAAGAGAGGUGGUGUCAGUUGAUGAUGGGAAGAAGAUAGAAUCUGGUAAAACCCCACUGGAAAAGAACAGGAUUUUGAUGGACAUGCUUUUGCGUAAAAAUGAACAGGGAUUUAAUGAAUUUCUCAAAGCCUUGCGAAAAGACUCAAUUUAUGCAGACCUAGCAGAUCAAAUAGAGAAGACAGAAAUUACUAGCACAGAUAUGGCAACUCUUCAUAAAUGCUCAAAAUAAAAUAAAUGCAGUUUCUUUGAGAAAGAAAACUUUGCACAAUUAAGUAAAGACAGCUAACACUAGUAAACAUUUACUAUAGGAGAAAGUAUAAUCGAUCUAAUGAUCAAGGAUUUAUUCACCAUCUAUCAUACUAGUGAUAAACAUAUUUAUAUUAAACAUACGUCAUAUAUGAGUGUCAUACAUGGCAUGACAGAUACUAACAUGUGUACUCACACCUUUUUACGAUUGUUUAAUCCUAAAUUUCACUACACAUUUCCAAUUGACAUGGCUAAGUAGUUACUGUCAUUGCUUUAUUGUGCUAUGGUUAUGUGUUGUAUACUUGUC